CGCCAACACAUAACAAUGGAUUCCCCCAGUGUAACACCCCAAACUGAAACAGGUAUACAGAAUAUGUCAGAGUCCAUGUUUGUGGGACUGUGUCGUAAAGUGGGGACCUCACAACAAGUGGCAAUGCGGAGAGAUGUGACAGACAUAGCGGAGAUGGUGAAGAACAAAACAAUAACAAGUACCUUGAUCAUGGUGAUGACAAGUGGAAGUUACAGAGAAGGAUUCAGAAUGGAGGGAUCUGAUAUUGAUACCAUGUAUUGGUAUAACAACCAACCAGUGAUCUGGGACUUAUCUCAGACCCAGUUUUACAAUGUACACAGACAAUCCCUGAUUCUCUCUGUCUCUUCUGAAAGUCCACCCGGAUUUACUUUACUUCAGUUACUGUCACCAAGGGCAGACAACAGAGUUAUCUCAGCAUUAGUCACAAUGAAUGGUGGACGUUAUAUAUCUAGUUCUAAAUACAGAGAGAUCACAUGUUCUGAUGUAGUGCCUAACUCUACAGUACAUGGUCCAUGUGGCAGUGGAGAUAUAGAUGGACUAGAAUAUGACACUGCUCAGUGUUUUGCUUGUGACUUUUGGCCUCCGUCUGCCUCUUCAUGGAUAGACAGGUGUCACACAUGGCCCCAGCCACAGGUUGUUAGGGACAUAGUCAGAAGUGGUUGUCACUUUGUAGCAAUAGGACACAAAUUAGGAAAUCAUGAAAGCAAUGAAUGGAGAAUUUCAUUUUCUUUGGCAGAACAAAAACUUGUGUACUCAAUGAACCACUGUCAAUUCUUGACUUAUGGUUUGCUGAAAUUGUUCUUAAAAGAAGUCAUUAACAAUGGAUUAGGUGAUAAUGAGAAAUUACUGUGUUCCUAUCACAUGAAGACAGCAGUUUUCUGGAUGAUUCAACAAAACACAAUACCUAACUGGUGUCCACAGAAUCUCCUGAAAUGUUUCUGGUACUGCUUUAAACUCAUCCUUAAAUGGGUGUAUGAGGGAGUCUGUCCUAACUUUUUCAUUCCAGAAAACAACAUGUUUCUCAGUAAUAUCCAUGGUAGAGCACAAAACAGAUUAUUCAUUAGACUGAAUGGAUUUUAUGAAAAAGGUUUAGCAUCCCUGCUACACAAUUCCUCCCUCAGGUCUUAUAUCAUGAAUGUCCUUUAUAACCCCAGACUCAGUAUAAAUUGUACUGAUGAAUACACUCUGGUAUCUGAGGUCGAGUUUGAUGAAGAAAUAUUCCCAGGGGUAGAUCGAAUUGGUUUAAUACUUCCAUUAAAUUUGUUCUUCAGUAUGAAGUACCUAAACACAGUAGAUCAGUUGACAGUCUCACCCCUGACACAGUAUCAGGUUCUCAUGUUACAGGUACUUACAGCCUUCAUCCUUCACAGUGCUGCUUUUAUAUUACAGAACAUGUACAGCAACACCACUAAAAACAAGCUGAUGUAUAUUGCUGACAGAAUGUCCUGUCACAUGUUGAAACUCACAGCCACGUUUGGGUGUAUUUCUGACAGGUUGUACAUUGCAAUGUAUUAUUACAAGACACUCAGAUACACAGAAGCUUUGUCUGUGAUAGAGAUGACAAAGGUCAACUUAGCACAGCCAUAUGUGAUGCAUAACGGGACAGUAGACACAGAGAGGUAUACCGAGGCUGUAGGGGGGCAGUCCUGGUCUACAAAGUUAAGACAUGCUGUAGCAUGCAAUAUCAAAUUAAACAACAGAAUCAAUUAUAUCAAUGAAUUAAUGAAAGAGCAGAUGGUCGCCAUACAAAACAAUGACUCAACUAUGGUUAUCCCGCCCCUAGUUGUGUUACACAUGCUUAAGUUCCUGUGUUACAGACAUAUUGACACAAUGAGAGCACAAACAGCUCUUAAUGAUCUACAGGUCCUAGUUCACCAUGAUCAGGGGCGGUAUGUAGAUAUGGGCUUAAGAGACAUAUCAUGGCAGAUCCUGGGUAUCUGUCAACAGAUCUCAGGGAACCUCCAGGCUGCUCUAUACUCCUACCAACAAUCACUCAAGACAAUUUCCAUACAAUAAAAUACAAAGGGCUACACUAAUGAGAAUACAUGACCUCAGAUAAAUAUAGUAUUGUACAAUAGUUCAUGUGGCUUUAACUAAUGAAUUAUUCCAAUGCCACUUGAUCAAUGAAUGUGUUAGCAAAGGAGGGUUUCAGAUGUUAAUGUUCUAAUCUGCUUGAUAAGUGGUUACAUUUAUGAUUAUCUGUUCUAUCUAUGCCUACUCUUUAACUAGAAUGCACGAAGUUUCAAAUUUUGAGAUUGACUAUUAUACACAUCAUGUUGUCAUAUGACUCUAUUGUGUUAAAUGUGAGCUUCUGA